GACGGGAAACUCCUCCGCGAGUCAAGACGUAAAGCUGAAACGUCAUCAUGUGGGUUUGCUUUGUGAGAACAGCUCGCAGAUGAGCGAGGCCCGAAACGAGUGCGGAUCGUUUGCAAGAAUGGAUACGUGAAAGAAAGGGAGGAACAUCACGUUUUUAACCACUACAUCAGAACGAGUUGCUAUUUUUUCUGAAACGCGAUGGCUGCUCGGACACAAUGGGAUAAUACGUGGAGCCUGGUUUUCACCCUUUUUUGUCUCUGUGAUUGGUCCGUGGCUCAGAUCUCGUAUACAAUUUCUGAGGAGGUGGACAAAGGCACAGCGGUUGGAAACGUUGCGAAGGAUUUAAACCUCAGUGUGCAGCAGCUGCAGUCCACGAAUCUCCAAAUGACACAAGGGUAUAGAAAACGGUAUUUUGACAUAAAUCGGGAAUCUGGAGUACUUUUUGUCACAGAAAGAAUAGACCGGGAGGAGCUUUGUCCUAAAUUGGCGAGGUGUUCUUUAAACAUCGAGGCCGUAUUGAGCAACCCUCGCAGCCUCCAUCGAAUUGAAGUUUUGAUAAAUGAUAUUAAUGAUAAUGCUCCCCUUUUUCUCGAAGAAGUAAUCGCAAUUGAUAUAUCUGAAGCGUCAUAUGUUGGGGAGAGACAUCCACUCCCAGUUGCUCAUGAUGAGGAUGUGGGGUCUAAUUCAGUAAAGACAUAUAAAAUAAACCAAAAUGAGUAUUUCUCAUUGGAUAUACAGAGCGCUGGUGACCAGAGUGUCUUUGCUGAGUUAGUGCUGCAGAAAGCAUUAGAUCGAGAAAAAGAGCCUGUUAUUGAUUUGAUUCUGACUGCAACGGAUGGAGGGAAACCCCCUAAAACAGGGACUUUGCAGAUAAAAGUGAAUGUUCUGGACGUAAACGACAAUUCACCACUCUUCAGUAAGUCUCUUUACAAAAUACAAGUGACUGAAAAUGCGAACAUUGGCACAUCUUUGUUAACACUGUCUGCCUCUGAUCUAGACGAAGGCGUUAAUGGUCAGAUUGUUUACACUUUUACAGAGAGGACGCAUUUUAACCCUGAAGAAAUGUUUUUCAUUGAUAACAACAGUGGAGAGCUCACAGUUAAAGGCAGCAUUGAUUUUGAGGAAAACCAAGCAUUUGAAAUUCGUGUUCAAGCACGAGACAAAGGAACUCCUCCCCGCAGUGCACAUAGCAAAGUUUUAGUCCAAGUGGUUGAUGUCAACGACAAUGCUCCGGAAAUAUUAGUGUCAUCUUUAAUGAGCCCAAUAAAGGAAGACGCUGAAAAGGGCACAGCUGUUGCGACGGUCACGGUCACGGAUAGAGAUGGAGGCAAAAACGGCCAAAUAAACUGUAAGAUAAUAAGUUCUGUUCCAUUUAAGUUAAAAUCCAACUAUAAAAAUUAUUAUUCAUUGUUGGUUGAUGGACCUCUCGACAGAGAAAAUAUUUCCAAAUAUGACAUAUCCAUUGCAGCAACAGAUGAGGGAUCACCUGCACUCUCGAGCACAGCCGUGAUUGUUGUUCAGGUUUCUGAUGUAAAUGACAAUCCGCCUCGAUUCACUGAUUCUCUGAUUAACGUGUUUGUAAAGGAGAACAUUCCAACUGGAACAACAAUCCAUAAACUAACCACAUUUGAUUCAGAUUCAGAUGAGAAUGCAAAAUCAACGUACAGUUUAAUUAAUUAUCCUAAAAAUGCGCAGAUUAGUUCAAUGGUGACAAUUAACUCGGAUACAGGAGAAAUCAUCAGCCUGCAGUCAUUUAACUACGAAGAAUUAAAAACGUUUCAGUUUAAAGUUCAGGCCACAGACUCUGGUGUUCCUCCGCUCAGCAGCAACGUGACUGUUAAUGUUUUAAUCCUGGAUGAAAAUGAUAAUAAUCCAACCAUUUUAGUUCCUUACUCUGAGCACAGUUCUGUUAACAGUGAGACCAUCCCUUAUUCUGCUGAAGCAGGAUACUUUGUAGCAAAGAUAAGGGCUGUGGACGCAGACUCUGGAUACAAUGCGCUGCUUUCUUAUCACCUGACUGAGCCCAAAGGAAACAACCUGUUCAGGAUUGGAACCAGCACCGGGGAAAUCAGGACUAAGAGGAGAAUGAGCGACAGCGACCUGAAAACGCACCCCUUGGUGGUGCUGGUUUCUGAUAACGGAGAACCUUCCCUGUCAGCUACGGUGUCUAUUGAGGUGAUGGUGGUUGAAAGCACAGCUGACGUCCAGACUCAGUUCAGACAUGUUCCUAUAAAGGAGGACAGCUUCUCUGACUUGAACUUGUAUCUGCUGAUUGCCAUCGUGACGGUGUCUGUGAUCUUCCUGCUGAGUCUCAUCAGUUUAAUAGCUGUCAGAUGCCACAGGACAGACGGCACUUUCAGCAGGUACAGCGCCCCCAUGAUCACCACCCACCCUGACGGGAGCUGGUCUUACUCUAAAGCUACCCAGCAGUAUGACGUGUGUUUCAGCUCAGACACACUGAAGAGUGAUGUAGUGGUUUUCCCCGCACCGUUUCCACCUGCAGAUGCUGAACUGAUCAGUAUUAAUGGAGGAGACACUUUUACCAGAACUCAGACUUUACCCAACAAAGAGAAGGUAGGUGACCAAUGGGAAUUAGGGUUUAUAUUUUGGUUGUUAGACCUACAAGAUAGAAAACUUAAACCGUGAUUGAUAAUUUGUCAGAAUAAAAAAAGGAGAUUGACAUUUUAUGACUAUCAACAGCCAUACAAAACUCAGUACAGCAUGUCCCGUUUAAAACUUUUUGC